AUGCUGGAUCACAUUAUAAAUUGUUAUGGUUCAUCCCACCAUUCUCUGCCUUAUGGUUCUGUCAUUACUCAAUUGCUUAUAAACAACAAUGUUACUAUGAGUGGGUUGACUGUGCCUGUCACGGUGUUCACAAAAGCAAUCCUAAAGCUAAAGGGUCUUGACAUUAGUGGUGAUGAGUUAAGUUUUAAAAUUGAGGAACCAGUAGAGGAGAUAAGACCCCCAUCAAAGAAGAAGAAGAAGAAGAAGAAGAAGAAGGUAGAGGAACCAGUAGGUCAGGAAGUGAUUCUGAAACGGUUGGAGAAUAAGGAGGAUAUGCUAAGAAAGAUAAUAAGUUUGGUUCAAGGCUUGUCAACUUCUUUCACUACUAGGAUGGAGCAGAUGGAGAAAAAGUUAGCUGAAACUGAAGCUCAGAUGGCUCCGGGUAUAGGUUCUGUUCCUCCACAGACUCAACCUGAGGAAGAAGAGCAUGGUGAAGAAGAUGAGGAGGAUGAAGAGGAACCAGUUGUUGAUGCAGAAGAUGAUGCUAAGUACGAGGAGGAGGAAGAGGAAGAGAAUGAUGAUGAGGAGUGA